CAAGCACAUCUUCCACAGUCAGAGAGCGGUGUUGGUGAUGGGUCAGGACGGCGCCAUGUGGACCCUUUUCCCGCUGCUGCUGCUCGCCAUACCUCGGCCCUGCGCCGGAGCAGCCCUCACACAGCUGUGUGACUCAUCCACUCCUGGCACAAUCCACAAAUACCACGCAAAGACUCUGAACGGGAGUCACACCGUGAACUUCACCGACUACGUUGGAAAGUGUCUCCUCUUUGUCAACGUUGCUACGUACUGAGGACUGACCUUUCAGUACGUGGAACUGAAUGCACUGCACGAAGAGUUCAGACGUCACGGCUUCACUGUCCUCGGCUUUCCCUGCAACCAGUUUGGCAAACAGGAACCGGGGCAGAGGCAUGAAAUCCUGCCAGCAUUGAAGCACGUCAGACCAGGCAACGGCUUCGUUCCAAACUUCCUGCUGUUUGAGAAAGGAGAUGUGAACGGAGAAGCUGAGCAAGAAGUUUUCACAUUCCUUAAAAACUCGUGCCCUCCGGUGGGGGCCGACUUCGGCGUCGUUAACGGCAGGUUGUUCUGGGAGCCUCUCGCGAUCAGCGACAUCAAGUGGAACUUUGAGAAGUUUCUGGUGGGACCAGACGGGAAGCCGGUGAUGAGGUGGCACCCGCGCGUAAACGUGUCUGAAGUCCGAGCCGACAUUCGCAGAUACCUUCUUCAACUCUACACCCAGAAUGUCUUUAAUUAAAUGUGAUCAUUAUUAUUAUUAUUAUUGUCUAACUGUGAUACGUGUACUUUAGAAGUAAUGUGGCAGUUUCUGACACAUGAAGAUGGCAUGUUACAUGAAGAGGGGGCUUGAAAACAGGAACUCUGUGGUGCCUCCUCGGAGUCUGGGGUUCAGGCGAGCCUUUCAGUGCAUUCUGGUUUGUCCUGCAGUCCUGCAGCACCAUGUCAUCUUCUCAUCCCAGAACCUGUUGAACAUUACAGUAGAACUUUUUUACUUUGAAUAAAUCAUGAGGAAAGCUGC